AUGGCCAGCAAGGAAGACGGGCAGCCAUUCGCCCCGGUCCUGGCGGCCGUCGCGACCAUGCAAGGGAAUGUGCCCCGGUCCGAAAAGACUCAGGCCCAUGAGUUUCUCGAGAAGUUCCAGAAAUCGAUCGAAGCCUGGACUACUACACACGCUCUAUUACAGUCCCCCGACGUGCCGGUGGAAGCAAAACUAUUCGCGGCCACAACCUUGAAAGGGAAGAUUGUCUUCGACCUGGAUCAACUCCCUCCAGAGGCGAUAGUCGCGUUACGAGACUCGGUACUCAAUUUGCUGGUGGCAUUUGCCUCGGGCCCGCGACCCAUCCAAACACAGUUAUGUGUGUGCUUGGCUAGUCUGGCGAUUCAAAUGAUCGCCUGGAAGGAUGUUUUGGCGACCGUCGGAACCGCACUGGGAAGUAGUGCGGGGGACUGUGUGCUGGAAUUCUUGAAGAUCCUCCCGGAGGAAGUGACUGAGGGCCGCAAGAUUAAUCUGAGCGAGGAUGAGUUGAAUGCAAGGACCAAGGAGUUAUUGGAAGACAAUGCCGAGCAGGUGAUGCAGCUGAUGAUUCAGUAUGCUCAAUCGUCGCCCACGGCCGCAACCAAUCCGCGUCUUUUGGACUGCAUCACUUCAUGGCUUCGCGAAAUUCCCGCCGCCAAGGUCGUCGAGUCACCUUUGAUGGACGUGAUCCUGAAAGCAUUGGACAAUGACGUGUCGUUCGAUGCCGGUGUCGACUGCGUGUGUACCCUCUACAGAGACACGAAGGAUGUCGACGAAUCUCUACCCGUGAUUCAAGCCCUCUACCCGCGAUUGAUGGCUCUCCGACCGAAGAUUGCCGAAAUGGCCGAAACUGAAGAUUCCGAGGCGUUCAGAGGCAUUACAAGGAUGUUCGCUGAGGCUGGUGAGGCCUGGGUGGUGUUGAUCACCCGUCUACCGGCUGAAUUCCGGGGCCUGGUGGAAGCUGUUCUCGAAUGCUGUGCGCGAGACUGGGAGCGCGACGCAGUGUCGCUGACGUUUAUCUUCUGGUUCGAACUGAAACAGUACAUUACCCUCGACCGAUUUGCGGACGCUCGGCUUAACUUCCAGGAUAUUUUCUCCCAAUUGGUGGAUAUCAUGGUGAAGCAUCUCGAAUACCCCAGCCCGGAGGAAGGAGAGACAGAUCUGUUUGGGGGUGAUCGUGAGCAGGAAGAAAAGUUCCGCCAGUUCCGGCAUUCGAUGGGCGAUGUUUUGAAGGACUGCUGUGCGGUGGUCGGCGUGGCAGAAUGCUUGGGCAAGAUCUACCAAUUGAUCCAGCAGUGGGUAGCCAAGUAUGCGUCGCAGGCCAGCCAUGAACAUGUUCCGCACUGGCAGGAACUGGAAGCCCCGCUCUUCGGUCUUCGGGCGAUGGGCCGCAUGGUUGAUCCCGAGGAGAGUACGGUGCUGGGACAAUUAAUACCUUUGAUUGUCCAGAUCCCCGACCAGGAGAAGGUGCGAUUCCAGGCGAUUAUGGCCUUGGCGCGUUACACGGAGUGGACAGCAUUACACCCGGAAACACUUGAGGCUCAACUGAACUAUGUGAUCUCUGGUUUCCACCAUACCUCCCAAGAGGUCGUCCAGGCGGCUGCACUUGCCUUCAAGUUCCUUGGGACCGACUGUCAGAAGCUACUGGGAGGCCACAUCGCUCAGCUGCACUCGUUCUUUGAGUCCGUGCUCGAUAAACUGAAGCCCACCAGUCAAGAAGAAGUAACAGAGGGUGUUGCCGCCGUGGUGUCGGUGCAGCCUCUGGAGAAGAUUUACGAAUCGUUCAAGAUGUUCUGUGAUCCUAUCAUGGCCCGGAUCAUGAACCUCGCCAAUAAUGCACAAGACGAAGAAGGCCAGCGAGCCGUGGCGGAUCAUCUGCAGCUCAUUACGAUCUUUGUGCAGGUAGUGACUCCCAUUGUCGCUCCCGGAGAGGAGAACCCGGCUGUGAAAUACUGUGGAGAGGUUCUGCCCAUUAUGACCACGAUUGUCAUGAACUUUACGUCUUCGACGCCCAUCUUGGAGCGAGUGUGCCGCUGCUGGCGCUAUAUGAUUAUUUCGUACCGGACGGCGAUGAUCCCGCUGCUGCCUACCCUCGCUCAAAGCAUCGGGAGUGGGUUUGAGAGUUCGCGGGAAGGCUGUUUUCUGUGGGCCACGGACGCCGUGGUGCGCGAGUUCUCCGACGGUGCCGAAUACGUGGAUCAGGCCACGAGUGAUGCCGUCUACCAGUUUUAUGAGCAGCAAGCCAUUGCCUUCUUGCGGAUCCUGAACGACCUGCCUCCCGAGAAUCUGCCCGAUGUCAUUGAAGACUUUUUCCGACUCUCGUCCGACGCUGUUCGCUACUACCCCAAGAAGUGCAUCAGCUCGUCCCUCGCCAUCCCUAUCUUCUCCGCCGCCCUGAGUGCUCUCACCCUCCAACAGGUGGAUCCUCUCAUCGCCACGCUUCAUUAUUACCGAGAUCUCUUUAGCUUCGCAUUUGAGAAGCCGUUGGUUUCGCAAUUCACCAGUCCCGAAGGCGAGCCCUACUUAAACCCACCCGAAGUGCGCGAGGCUGUCAAGGCUCUGCUGGUCUCGCAAGGCCAGCCGUUGGCGCAGCGUGUGCUAACGGGGAUGAUGUUCACGUUCCCCAGCGACUGUUUCCCGGAUGCGUCGGGUGUGAUUAUGACGCUGUUUGAACUUCUUCCGCAAGAAGCUGGGGCCUGGCUGCAGACCACGCUGCAAAUGCUGCCGGCUGGGUCCAUCAAGGCCGGUGAGGCCGAGCGACUUCUCAAGAACGUUUCCGACAAGGUGCAGUCGGGAGAGACCCGGAAGAUCCGCCCACUUCUCCAAGACUUCACCAAUUCAUACCGCCGCCGGAACGUGGCUCCUCGCGAUGGCCUGGGCCGCUUGGAGGCGACUCGGUUCCGGUUCAGUGGGUGA